AUGAAUGAUGAUGUAGAAAAACAAAAUAUUAAUAAUAACAAUAAUUGCAGCAAUAAAUUAGUUAGUUCAAACAACAUAAAAAUGUUAAUCAUUCCUAAUGGACCAAAAAAAGCACCUAAAGCUCUAAUCGAGGAAAUUGAAGAUGAAGAAGAUUUAAAACAACCAAAAAUAUUGCCAAACAAAGUUCUAAACUCUUUUGAAUGUAAUUGUGCUGAAGGGACGCAAUCUACUUCUUUUUCUUACUUUCCUUCGAAUUCUUCUGGAUUAAAUUGUUCCUCACACCAAACAAACUCGCCUUGUAGCAUUGAUUCUGCUCCUAUUGCUAGUAAUGCAGCAUUAGCAGCUCCAUUAAUUAUUACACACCAAAACUGUUUACCACAAACUCUUCUAUUUGUUCCUGAACAAGAACGUCGAACCUCUACAAUUUCUGAGCAUUCAAUUCAUUCAUGUCCGACCGAAAUUUUUAGCAACAAAGAUUAUGUUGAAAUUAAGGAGGAAAAGAGUGAUGAAUGCUACCCAUUAAUUAACAAUAUUGAUAUAUCCAUUAAAGGAGCUGUGGAAGGAGGAAUUGAUAAGGAAGAAGUUAAUACGGGUGAAGAGGCAACAGAUGAAUUCGAUCUUCUUAUUCAUUCUCAUUCAAAUUCAACAGCAAUUCAAAGUAGAAAUCCUUCACCGGGUACACAGACCCUCGGGAACUGUAAAUUUGUUUUUGGACAAAAUCAGCAACAAUUAUUUGUUAAUAACAGUGACAAACUUGUUUUCAACCCAGGAUUUGGGACUUCAUUAAGUGAAAUCAAUAGGCGACAAUCCGUUCAUACAGCUGCUCCUGCAAUUGCCUUCCGAUCUACUCUAGGUUUUGCAGCAGCCAUUGCCAGUGCGAAUGUUGGAAAAAUUUCGACAAUGCCAACACAAGUUCAGCCAACUCCGUCAUUUCGGCAUGCCCCUCCCAAAAAUCGACCUUUUUUUCGGCGUUCUUCUCAGCCAAUACUAAAUAUUGCUGUUACUGGUGGAAUUACUUCUGGUCCUUCCUCGCACCACCCACUUCUUUAUAAUCAUCGAAAUAGAGCUAUCGGGCAUUUGCCUUCUUCAUCUUCAUAUCUCAGAAGUGCCCAACAUAAUCGAAUGAAUGAAAAUAAUAAUAGUGAUAGUGUAGAAACAAGCGAGCCUUCUGACAUAAAAAGUGGACAACUCGGUUUUGUUGGAAAAGAAUUUAUACCAACAGGCAGCUUACCUGCAGCAAUGCAUAAACGUGUUAGCUGGCUUUCGAUGAAAAGCCUUCAAGAUUGUGCUGUAGCUGCAGCAGCUCAUUUUAGCGGAGGAUCUAGCAUUGCUACAGAUUCUCAACACGGAGCAGUUCCUCGCUUUCCAAAAAAGAGAGAUAGUAGUGGAAUUCUUAUCGAUAAUUGUUCUGGAAAGGAUUCAAGAUUUUGUGAUACUCGUUCAUCAAAUAGUCAAUUGGGCAGUCUUCUCCAAUUAAACAACACAAAUAACAACAGCGGUACUCUUUUUGGUGGAGUAGAUGACACACUUGGUUAUGAUACAAUGGACUGUGCUGAUACACCUCCAAUUGAUACAAUGAGUUGGAGCAAUAUUGGUAAAACGAAUCCUGUUUAG